GCCUCGACAACCCAUCAUUCCUCCUUCAGCUUCUUUCCCUGCUUCUUCUCCCCUGUUUUUCGUUUUCAAUCGAGACAGACACCAUCAAGCCCAACAAUCCCCUCCGAGACGACGACGUGUUGGUCUCCGGCCGGCGGCCGCCAAACCUUCUCCCUCGGCUUCUUCUCCCCCAAGAACUCAAUCCGCCGGUACCUUGGGAUAUGGUACCACAACGUUUCGGAGCAAACCGUCAUCUGGGUCGCGAACAGAGACGCUCCUCUCAACGACACUUCCGGUUUACUCUCCCUCGAUUCCCGUGGCAAUUUCGGUAUAUACGCUGCAAAUGGAACUUCACUCGUCUGGUCGGCAAAACUCCCAGCUGGGAAUUUCCCCGCUCAGCUUCUGGAUUCGGGGAUUUGCCCAGAAUUCACUAGUCACGGCGCCGACCCCCCUUUCCGCGAUUGA